AUGAAGGCGCAGAACAUUCGGACCCUUUCUCUCAUCCUGUGUAUGCUAUCCUACCUGCUUGUGGGAGCCGCGGUGUUCGACGCCCUCGAAUCAGAGAUCGAGAACUCGAAGAAGAAGAUCUUGGAACAGAAACGCAAUGAGCUGAAGAAGAAGUACGGAUUUACCGAUGUCGACUACCGGGAGAUCGAGAGAGUGGUUCUUCAGUCGGAGCCCCAUCGCGCGGGGAGACAGUGGAAAUUCGCGGGAUCCUUUUACUUUGCUAUCACCGUCCUCACAACGAUAGGUUAUGGUCACGCUGCUCCAAGCACUGAUGCUGGAAAGGUAUUCUGCAUGUUCUAUGCAGUUCUGGGUAUCCCUCUGACACUGGUCAUGUUCCAGAGCAUGGGGGAAAGGAUCAACACGUUCGUCCGCUACCUCCUCUGCAGGCUCAAGCGAUGCAUGGGCUUACGGAAGACUGAUGUGUCCAUGGGGAACAUGGUGCUGGUGGGCCUCCUGUCCUGCAUGAGCACGCUCUGUGUCGGGGCAGCAGCCUUCUCCCACUUUGAGGGCUGGACUUUCUUCAAUGCCUACUACUACUGUUUCAUCACGCUCACCACCAUCGGCUUCGGGGACUUUGUGGCCUUGCAGAAGAAGGAGGCCCUCCAGAGGAGGACUCCCUAUGUGGCCUUUAGCUUCAUGUACAUCCUGGUGGGGCUGGCAGUGAUUGGGGCUUUCCUGAACCUGGUGGUGCUACGCUUCCUCACCUACAGCACAGAGGAGGCAACCAGAAGCCUGGAGGUGGAGUGGGAGGAGCAAAAGCCAGCAGCGCCUAAGACGACAGGGGGUGGGGAGGUGGAGGCAGAUGUGGAAGCAUCAGACUCUGCUAAGCAUCCUGAGUCCCGCAUCAGCGCCCUCUGCUCCUGCAUGUGCUUCAGGUUGGUUGCCUGUGGCAGCCCCUCUCCGGCCCACUGUGAGCACUCAGGCUGCCACAGCAACUCUGUCUUCUACAACUCCAUCUCCUACAGGGUGGAUGGAGCCUCCUGCAGCUCCAGGGGAACCUCAACCCAGUCCUUCCCCAGCAGCGAUGCCCUAUUUCUGGGGAUGAGCAGCCCUCACACACGGAGGAAGUCAAUAUAGCUGCUUGGAUUGUUGGGACUCACUCUGAACUAAAGUGGUCUUUGUUCUUAUCUACACUACAGCCAGAGAUGUUACUCUGAUUCUCUGCAGGUGGAACAAAUUGUGUAUGCUUUCCCAAAAAGGUCACCUUUACAUAUUUUAGGUUGUGCUUCUACACUAUAUAUACAAAGUAUGUGGACAUCCCUUCAAAUAAGUGGAUUCAACUAUUUCAACAAUACCUGUUGCUGACAGGUGUAUAAAAUCGAGCACACACCCAUACAUUCUCCAUAGACAAACACUGGCAGUAGAAUGGCCUUACUGAAGAGCUCAGUGCCUUGAACAUGGCACCGUAAUAGGAUGCCACCUUCUCAACAAGUUGGUUUGUCAAAUUUCUGCAUUACUAGAGCUGCCCUGGUCAACUGUAAGUGCUGUUAUAGUGAAGUGGAAACAUCUACUGGCAACAACGGUUCAGCCGUGACGUGGUAGGCCACACAGGCUCACAAAAAGGGACUGCAGUGUUGAAACGCAUGCAGUGGUUCCUCCUUUAAAAGUUUGUACAGCGGGACUUAGAGGUACCCUGCGUCACGGCUUCACUGCUCCAGACCACCGCAAGGGGGAGUUAGAGCACUCAUUACAUUGUAGAAUAAUAGUGAAGACAUCACAACUAUGAAAUAACACGUGGAAUCAGUUAAGAACAAUUUCUUAUUUACAAGGACAGCCUACUCCUUCCUCCCUGUUGGGGAAUUGAACCCCGGUCUCCCGCGUGCCCUUCCCACACGACACAGGGUUUCUUUAGCAAAAUAGCCCAGUACUGUACUGCCGACGUCACGUUCUACAGUUUCCUUUUUAGUUUUUCUCCGAAUAUAGACACCAUAAUAUUAAUCAAAUUAAUUAAGACAAAUUUCUUAAAAUCAAUCCCAUAUACUAUGUCAUGACAAAAAAGGUUUUAAAUUCUCUGGUAAUGCCAAUAUGGAAGACUAUCAAAUGCUUCUCAAAGGUGCCUUCUGGUGGUCAAACUAGCACUAACUUGCAUUAACAGAACAAAUGGCUUACAAUUUGAUAACGUGCCACAGAAUGCUGCAGCAGCCUGCAAGGAGUGCUGCAGUGUGACUCAACUUUUAGGAACCACUGUAGAGGGUAAAGAUCGCCUGUCCUUGAUUGCAACACAAGAACUGUUUGUCGGGAGCUUCAUGAAAUGGGUUUCCAUGUCCGAGCAGCUGCACACACGCCUAAGAUCACCAUGCGCAAUGCCAAGCAUCGGCUGGAGUGGUGUAAAGCUUUCCGCUAUUGGACUAGGGAAGAGGGGAAACACAUUUUCUGGAGUAAUUAAUCGCGCUUCACCAUCUGGCGGUCCGAUGGAAGAAUCUGGGUUUGGAGGAAGCUAAGAGAACGCAACCCAAUGCAUAAUAACAACUGUAAAGUUUGGUGGAAUAAUUGUCUGGGGCUUUUUAUGGUCCGGGCUAGGCCCCUUAGUUCCAGUGAAGUGAAAUCUUAAUGCUUCAGCAUACAAUGAUAUUCUAGACAAUUCUGUGCUUCCAAUUUUGUAACAACAGUUUGCGGAAGGCCCUUUCCUAUUUCAGUAUGACAAUGCCCCCAUGCACAUAGCAAGGUCCAUACAGAAAUGGUUUGUCGAGAUCGGUGUAGAAGAACUUGACUGGCUUGCACAGAGCCCUGACCUUUGGGAUGAAUUGGAACACCGACUGUGAGCCAGGCCUAAUUGCCCAACAUCAGUGCCCGACCUCACUAAUUAUCUUGUGGCUGAAUGGAAGCAAGUCCCCGCAGCAAUGUUUCAACAUCUAGUGGAAAGCCUUCCUAGAAGAUUGGAGGCUGUUAUAGCAGCAACGGGGAGACCAACUCCAUAUUAAUGUCCAUGAUUUUGGAAUGAGAUGUUUGAUGAACAGGUGUCCACAUUCUUUUGACCAUGUAGUUUGUUAAUUUUUUCCCAGUCAAUAUGUAGCUUUUACAGAUAUCCUAUUCUGCAUUAUAUUGUUUAAUUGCAUUGUUUUCUAUGACACAGAUAAAUCAAUUAUUUACUCAGGUAUAGCGGUCUAAGGUACUGGUUCGAUUCCAGGCUGUAUCACAUCAGGCCGUGAUUGGGAGUCAUAUAGGGCGGCGCACAAUUGGCCCAGCGUCGUCCGGGUUUGCCACAGGGAAGGCCGUCAUUGUAAAUAAGAAUUUGUUCUUAACUGACUUGCCUAGUUAAAUAAAGGUUAAAUAAAAAAUAAAGUAAAAAAGUUAUGAAAUAAAAUGUACUA